CAUCACGGCGCAAGACAAGGUGGUUUGUGCUCUCCGCUUCUUCGCGACGGGGAGCUUCCAAAGAUCCAUCGGCAGCGAAGAUUUCAUAUCCAUGGGGCAGGCUUACGUGAGCGAGAGCAGUCGCGCGGUUGCGGAAGCAAUAACCGUGGUGGGCCGGCAACAGGUUUGGGUGAGCAUCCCAAUGACACCGGCCGGCAAGGCUAGCGCAAAGGCGGCCUUUGCGGAUCGCGCCCGCAUUCCCGGUGUAGUGGCCUGUGUCGACGGGACGCUCAUUGCCAGAAAACAGCCUGAAGGACUCAGUCCGUGCGAGACUGCGGGCUUCAUGUCGAGAAAAGACUUCUACUCAUUGAAUGCCAUGAUCGUGUGUGAUGCCCACACGCGCAUCGUGGACACCGAUCCCCGUUUCCCCGGAUCCUGCCACGACUCUUACGUAUGGAGGUACUCUCCACUCUUAGGCCGCCUCACCAGUAACUUUCGACGUGGAGAAUGCUUGCUUGGAGGCUUGGGCUACCAUCUUGAGCCAUGGCCGCUCACACCUGUGCCAGGCCAUCCAGGCAUUCACAAUCGGGAAACCGGGCCCAUGCCUCCUUUAGGAAUGUUGUGGAGAGGGGUAUUGGCGUCUUGAAGGCAAUGUUCCGAUGCCUUAAAUGGUACCGGACCCUCCUUUAUCAGUCCAAGGAUGCAGCUACAAUAUUGGCAGCCUGCGGCGCUCUCCCCAACAUUACUUUGAAGGCAGGGGAGCCUGAGCUGCCAG